GGGACUCGCCUGCCGCUCCGCCGCCGCCCGGAACUGGCCCGGCGCGCCUCGCCCUCCGCCGCCCUCGCCCAGGCCCCGCCGCCCGCCCGCUCGCUCCCGCCGCGACUCGGGCCAUGGCCGAGUGGAGCCCCGCCCAGGCUCUUCAGUGGGACACACAGGCCCAGCCCAUGGCCGCCAGCCUGCCCCUCGGUGCUCCCGAGCAAACCCCCCUGGGGGAUACGCUCCCUGAGACGGCGGAGAUUUCCCUGACCGUCAUGGCUGAGAUCCAGGCUGUGGAGAACAAGGUGGAUUCUUACGCUGCGCAGCUCAUGAGUCUGGAGGGCAGGAUGGGGAUGGCUGAGACGAAGUUGGAUGGUUGCGAGAAGACAGCGGUGGAGUUUGGGAACCAACUGGAGAGCAAGUGGGCCGCCCUGGGCACCCUGAUCCAGGAGUACGGACAGCUCCAGCGGAGGCUGGAGAACAUGGAGAAUCUCCUCAAGAACCGGAACUUCUGGAUCCUGAGGCUGCCCCCGGGCUCCAAAGGUGAAAUCCCCAAGGUCCCGGUGCGCUUCGAUGAAGCCUCCUGUAGUUUUUCCGAGCAAGAAUGGAGGAGCCUGGAUGACGGGCAGAAGGACCUCUACAAGCACAUAAUGAAAUGCAACUACAAGGCUGUGAUCUCAGUGGAUGCUGUCAUUUCCAAGCCUGACCUGCUGUCCCGGAUUGAGGAAGGGGAAGCUGCAGAUCAGGGGGGGAGUGAAGACCGAGAGCCCCUUAAAGAAUCCAUCCUGGGCUCUCCGAUUUCGGCUCUCAAUGAUAGUUCCUGGAUGGAACAGGAAGAUAUGGCCCUGGUCAAGAGCAUGGGAGGCUUGGAGGAGAGAGAAAUCCCUGGAGACUCCCCUGUAGACACUCCACAGCUCCUGGAGGAAGACCCUGAAAGCUUAGACCUCCCUGGUAUGUUUCCAAGAAAAUGGACGGAUGUUUUCCAGGGCCCGGGUGAGGAACUGCUAUGCGAGAGCCAGCCCAUCUUGAUUACCCCACCAAGGAAGCCCCCUGGGAGCAACCUGAGACGGUCUGCUCGCUGCGUGACGGAUUCCCAGAAAGGAGACUCCACGAUGCUGGCUAUGGAAGCACACACAGGACCGUAUAUCUGCUGCGAAUGCGGGGAGGGCUUCUUGGACAAGCAGCUUUUCACAACCCACCAGAAAACCCAUGGUGGAGGAGGGACUUACCCUGCUAUGGAUCCUGGAGGAGGCCUGAAGCCAAAGCCUGGCCCAGUCGCUCCCCCGAGGGCCCCGACACCAGCGCGUCCCAAACCCCCAAAGCGCCCCGAGCCACAGAGAAGCUCUAAUCUCAAGCCUGGGGCUGCAAAACGCCCGGGAAACCACAUGGUCGAGAGGCCCUACACCUGCACUCAGUGCAAGGAGAGCUUCAAGCUGGAAGUGAGCCUGCUGCUCCACCAGAAGCUUCACACGGGGAAAGGCGAUGGGCCUCUGACCUGCACCUACUGCGGCAAAGAUUUCCGCGAUCUCUCCAAAGCGGUCCGGCACCAGCGCAUCCACACGGGCGAGAGGCCCUACCAGUGCACGGAGUGUGGGAAGAGCUUCAUCCGGCGCGAUCAUCUCCUCAAACACUGGCGAGUCCACACGGGCGAGACACCCUACCAGUGCAGCACGUGUGGGAAGAACUUCCGCUACAAGGAGUCUCUGAACUGCCACCAGAAAAUCCACACCCGUAAUCCUGUCGUGCACCAUCUUUCUGUGGGAUCUCCGCCUGGCAUUGUAGGCUUGAAGCAAGAGCAGCCAUACCCCGGGAAGGGCGACCGGAGAGGAGGGAUUGGGAGCCCCUGCUUCGGACCGGCCGCCGGCAUCGCCUCCAGAGCCAGGAGGGCGCGCUGGCUGGUCCGCUUCUUGGGGCUGCAGCCAGCCUGCCCACGGCCGCGGUGUCCGGGCUGCAGGAGAGCGGAGCCCGACGGCUCGACCCUUCCCCGGCCCAGCCUCUCCUUCCAGCGCGUCUUACGCCACCCGCACAAGCCAUCGGAGGAGGCGCGCCCUCGCCGGGCCCGCUGCCCGCCCCGAGCAUGUGCAGAGCGCCCGGCGGAGCGGAGGCCGGCCUCUCUCGCAGUCUCCGCCCGGCCAGCCCGCCGCUUGCUGCGGGUGCGCGGCUCCGCCUCUUCCCUUCGGCCCCCGCCCGCCUGCCGGCCGAGCCCGCUUCUCCGCGCCGCCCGCCAGCCCAGCGCCGCGAUGGCCACGCGAUGGGACGCCGCCGCCGCCCCCCAGGGUUUGGAAUGGGGCAUGACCUCGCUGCAGAUGACUCCCUUGCAACCCUGCUUCCCUGCCAAGCACAGCCGCGAGGGGGAGCCCCACCCCCAAGCCACCGAGAUCUCCCUGUGGACAGUGGUGGCUGCAAUGCAAGCCGUGGAACGCAAGGUGGAUACCCACGCUGGACGGUUGCUGACCCUGGAGCGGCGGACGGGACUGGCUGAGAAGAAGCUUUCGGAUACAGAGAAGGCCGUCCUGGACUUCAGGAGCCAGCUGGAGGCCUUAGGGACCCUUCUCCAGGAGUACGGGCAGCUCCAGCAGAGGCUGGAGAACAUGGAGAACCUGCUCAAGAACCGGAACUUCUGGAUCCUGAGGCUGCCCCCGGGCUCUGGAGGCGAAAUCCCCAAGGUGCCGGUGACGUUUGAUGAAGUCUCAGUCUAUUUCCCUGAGCAGGAGUGGGGAAACCUGGACGAGUCGCAGAAGGAGCUCUACAAGAACGUGAUGAAGGGCAAUUACGAGUCCUUGGCCUCACUGGAUUAUACCAUUGCGAAACCUGAUCUGUUGUCCCGAAUCGAACGUGGUGAGGAGGACCCGGGAUGCCCUGGGGAAGGGGAAGAAGCUCUGAGCAGCGUCCGCCUGGAAAUUCCUGCCCCCAUGAAUGACAUCAUCUCUUUCAGCCAACGGGAAACGGCUGCUUCUGUGGAGGGGGAGUGGGACAGCAAGGAAAGGGAAGCGCCCAUAGGCGGCGGUGCAGAUGCUGGACUCCUCCCUGGUCACUUGGGACUGUUGCCAGAGGCAUCAGAAGAAGCCCUGUUGCAUUUCCCUGAGCAGGGCCUGGCGUGUGUCGAUGGGCAGGCUGUGGGCACAGGAGGGGGCCCGGAGGAGCCUUCCGAGUGUGAGAGGAACUUUGGAGACUUCACCACGAUCAUCGUCCAGGAGGGGGCCCUGCCUGGGGAGGCUCCCUUUGUGUGUCCGGACUGUGGGAAAAGCUUCCUUUAUGAGGAACAGUUUGCCCUCCACCAGCGAACUCACCCCCAGGCCUCUCCCGGACCCAUAGGGAGCCCCAUGUUGAACUUCCCGCUGGGGGCCGAGAUCUGCACCUGCCCAGAGUGUGGCCGAUGCUUCCCUCACCAGGCCAGCCUGAGCAAACACCGCCUCUGGCACUCCGGCGAGCGGCCGCACACUUGUGCCGAGUGUAAGAAGAGCUUCCGGCUGAAGAUCAACCUGCGCCUCCACCAGCGGACGCACAUGGUGGGCGGCAAGGCCGGCUCCUACAUCUGCGGCGAGUGUGGGCGGGGCUUCAACCACCACUCCAAUUUCCUGCGGCACCAGAUGAUCCACACUGGGGAGAGGCCGUAUGCUUGUGGCGAGUGCGGGAAAACAUUCAUUCGCAAAGAACACCUUGCCACGCAUGGCCGGCUGCACACUGGGGAGCGGCCCUACAAAUGCCCCCUUUGCCAGAAAAGCUUCACCCGCAAGCAGCACCUGGUGGGACAUCAGCGCCUCCAUGAGGGAGAGGCCCCCUGGGUGGACAGCGGCCUGCCUCAGAAACACCUGCCCAGCCCACGGGGCAGAGCAAAGCCACGGACAGAAGCUCUGGGGGUCUCCUUUCUGCAGGAGACCUUCCCCCCCUAAGUGGUCUCCUUGGUGUUACCAGGAUGCUCUGGCUGGCGCACAAAACCAUCAGUGUGUGUUGUGAUGGCAGGCGUCUUGGCCUGACCCACUGAGUGGCAGCUGGAGGCAGAAAGUGAGGCUCUGUGGUUCUCCUGCCAUAGUGGAGGGAGGGACGAGACGAGACCGCUCGAGGGACUUCUGGGGUUAUUAAUUGGAACACAGGUGGGUGGCUGCCCAUGUGACAUUUGCUAACAGUGGAAGGGGGUGAUAGGGAAGGAAGCCGGCUCUGUGUUUCUCUCGUGGACCCUUGUUGGUAAAG